UCGACCUCUCUCUUCUUCUCUCCGUCCACAGCAUAUAUAUAUACAGAGAGAGAGACACACACACACACAUACUCCAAUCUCUCCAACGCCGCCUGCCAUGACACUGAACUGUUCGUCGUCUGUACGUUGCUAGCUAAUCUCCUCCCCAUUUCACUAUCCCCGGCCUAGAGAGAGAGAGACAGAGAAAGAGUUCGUCUCGGAUAUAUAUCCAUACAGAGAUUAAUUGCUAGCUUUAUUGAGAUCGAUCACCCGCUACUGCUCUUGCCUCUCCUUCCAUAUAUAUGGCCGGCUCCUGGGUGCGCACCAUCACGUCGCCGUUCCGGAAGGCCUGCAACAUCUUCGGCGCCCCGCCGCACAAGGACGGCAAGCGGCCGCAGCAGCCCAACUCCGGGAUGACGAUGGUGCAGCACGUCGUGGUAGACGCCGCCGAGAGGUCGAAGCUGCACGGCGAGGUGAUGGCGUGCCCGUACGAGGACGUGCAGGUGAUGUGGGACAUGCUCGACAAGGCCAGGAUCCGCGAGUUCAAUGGCAGCUAGCUUAGCUCUGCAUGCUGAUAUAUAUGCAUGCCUUUUAAUUCCAAGAGGGGAUCCAUCGAGAGCAUAGAUCAACCUGUGCAUAUAUAGCAAGAUAGGAUGGAAAUCUCUUCGCCGAUUGAUCGAUCGACUCCGUUCAUCUAGUGCUUGAGUUUGAUCCUACAUAUAUAUCGGCGCGUUCAUGCAUGAUUCCCGCGGAUCGAAUAGUCAUGUCGUCGUUGCAGUUCUAUGUUUUGUAUGUACGUAGUAGAAACUAGCUAGCUAGCUAUGGCUGGUAAUGGACGAUGUGAGAAAUCCCCAUCGGCACUCUUUUGGUUAAGGUGCUGAAUUGGAGAGAUGUAUAUUUUUGUGGCCACAGGACCAUUGGAAUCUUUACCAUUCCAACUCCUCUCUCUCGCUCUCUCUGAGAAAUGGUAUCUCUAGCUAGAUAGGUAGGAACCUUCAAGUUCAAGAUCUGAGGUUUUUAUUAUUAAUUGGUGUCUGAAUAAUCUCUCUGCUAUAUGUUAAUUUAGCUC